AUGUCAUCUUUUUCAGCUAAAGUUCUCUAUUUUUUGAUCACCGGUGCUCUUCUUUCCGCAGUCUCAACCAGGAAGCUAGCGGUGAUUCCAGCAACGGAGGUGGAAGAAAAUGCUUUAUCUGGAAGCUUUGGUAUCGGAGCUGGAGCCAACAUGGGUCGUGGUGGCCUUCUAGGAGGAGCAAUUCCUGGGAUGAAUACGGGUGUCGCCGGUGGAAUCGGUGGCAGUUUCGGACCUGGUGUUGGAAUUCCGGGAGGCGGACUUGGUGGCCCCGGCGGCGGAUCCGGGGGUCUUGGUCAAGGAUUUGGUGGCGGUGGAGUGUUUGGAGGUGGUGGGUCGAAUGGUGGUCAGGGUUUCGGAAGUGGAGGUGUAGCUGGUAGCAGUGGUGGUAUAGGCGGAGAUCAAGGGUUUGGUGGUGGUGGGCUUGGCCGGAGCAUUGGACUUGGUGGUGGAAUUGGAACAGGUAACACCGGAUUGGGUAACGCGGGAAUUGGUGCGGGGAUUGGCGCCGGUAUUGGUGGCGGUGGUCUAGGUGGGAUUGGCAGCGGUGGUGUUGGUGGAGGAGGUAUGGAUGGGCAGCCGUAA